ACAAGAUGGCGACGGCUGGAAUUAAAAAAGUCUUAAAAUGUAAAAAAUUGUUCGAUAAAAUCACAAUUAGGUUGUACAUUUUACAACGUUUUAUGUCAAGGUGUCAUAUUUGUCCUUUCAACCGCCUUUCACACCAGCCUGUUGACAGCUGGGAUAGGCUCCAGCACUCCCCUGCGACCCUCGUGAGGAUAAGCGGCAAAGAAAAUGGAUGGAUGGAUGCAAAAAUCUUUCUCAAGUAACGCAAUGAUUCUCAAAAUGCAGUACUUGGCCUACAAGAGGCUGGGCAGUGAAUAAUGCAGUAGGCUUAUUAUUCACGGUUGCCGUCUUUGGCCUGCUGGUCUACCUCCCACACCGCUGGUCUGGAAUCAGCUGUUGCUGGCGGCCCACGGUAACCGGAGAGCACCUCCGACAGAAAGAGCUGAUCAUGUGUCCACCGGAGGUCGCGUAGGAAACAUGGAAGGCUCGGUAUGUUGGGAGGAAACAUGCAGGGUCCAAACAGGCCAAAGGUCCUCUCCUCCGGAGUGAUAAGCUGCUCUCCAGCUUCCUACCUCGUCUGCGGACGUCAAAACGCUGAGGAUCGGGUCUGCUCUGGUGGUGGACAGGCCGCCAUGGACAAACACGUUACCCACAUUUCCAGGGAGGACCUGGAAGAGCUCCGAGAGGCGUUCAACAAAAUUGACAUCGAUAACAGCGGCUAUGUGAGCGACUUUGAGCUCCAGGAGCUGUUCCGGGAGGCCAGCUUCUCCCUGCCCGGGUACCAAGUGCGGCAGAUUGUGGAGACGUUCGUGGCCGGCGACAGCAACAAGGAUGAGAAAAUCAGCUUUGAGGAGUUUGUUUCUAUCUAUCAGGACCUGAAGAGCAAGAAGUUGAGUGAGACCUUCCGCAAAUCCAUCACCAGGAAGGACGGCAUCCGGUCCUUUGGUGGGACGUCGGGAAUCUCAAGCGACGGGACACAACACUCCUACUCUGAUGAGGAGAAGGUGGCUUUUGUCAACUGGAUCAACAAAGCAUUGGCCAAAGAUCCUGACUGCCGCCACCUCCUGCCCAUGAACCCCGACGACGAGAGCCUCUUCACCUCUGUCCGUGAUGGCAUCCUUUUGUGCAAAAUGAUCAAUCUCUCCCAGCCUGACACCAUCGACGAGAGAGUCAUCAACACCCGGAAGCUGACUACAUUCACGAUGACUGAAAAUCUCGUCCUUGCGCUGAACUCCGCGUCGGCCAUCGGCUGCACGGUGGUGAACAUUGACGCUCUUGAUCUGAUGGUCGGCAAACCUCAUCUGGUGCUGGGCUUAUUCUGGCAGAUUAUCAAAGUGGGCCUCUUUGCUGAUAUAGAAAUCAGACGGAAUGAAGGAAUGAUUUGCCUCCUGACUGAGGGGGAGAGUCUGGAGCACCUGAUGUCUCUCUCCCCCGAGGCGCUGCUGCUACGCUGGGUCAACUACCAUUUGCACAACGCCGGCACCAAACCCAUCAGCAACUUCAGUGAGGACAUCAAGGACUCUCGCGCUUACUUCCACCUCCUGGACCAGAUCGCUCCCCGUGGGGAGCACAACUACAGGAGUGUCAAAAUCGACAUGAGCGGCCUUAAUAAUUGGGACCUGAACCAGCGGGCCGAACUGAUGCUGCAGCAGGCGUCCCGUCUGGACUGCCGGCAAUUCGUGACGCCCCAGGACGUCACCUCGGGCAACAGCAAGCUGAAUUUAGCUUUUGUGGCCAACUUGUUCAACACGCACCCGGCCCUGCAGAGGGGGCACAUCAAUGGCUUGGAGGACGCCCAAUUGGAACCCGAGAGCCGUGAAGAGAAAACCUUCCGCAACUGGAUCAACUCUUUGGGCGUGAAUCCCUACGUGAACCACAUGUACCAUGAUCUGUGCGACGGUUUGGUGAUCCUGCAGCUCUACGAGAGGGUGAACGUUCCCGUCAACUGGAAGAAAGUCAACCAGCCGCCGUACCCCGCCUUGGGGGCUAAUAUGAAGAAGCUGGAGAACUGCAACUAUGCCGUGGGCCUGGGCAGAAAUGCGGCCCACUUUUCCCUCGUCGGCGUUGGCGGUGAGAACCUGAAUGAGGGAAGCCCCAUCCACACCUUGGCGCUGGUGUGGCAGCUCAUGAGGAGGUACACAAUGCUGGUGUUGUCGGACCUUGGCGAUGGCGAGAAGGUGGGGGAGCAGAUCAUUCUUAACUGGGUCAACACCACCCUGAGCCAAAAGCGUAAAGAUUCGCAGAUCAGCAGCUUCAAGGACCUCCACAUCAGCACCAGCCUGCCGGUGAUCGACCUGAUUGACGCCAUCGCUCCCGGCACCGUCAAGUGGGACACGGUGACGAGACCGCAGAGGGGCGUGAUGAAGACGGCCGACAAACUCAACAAUGCCAAAUAUGCGAUCUCAUUGGCCCGCAAGAUUGGCGCCCGCGUCUACGCUCUGCCCGAUGACUUGGUGGAGGUCAAUCCGAAGAUGGUGCUGACACUGUUUGCCUGCCUCAUGGGCCACGGUUUGAAAAAGGCUCAUCGCUAACCCACCCCAACUGCCCACUACUCAAGUUUUUGCGUUAUUUCCCCGAGUCCUCAUUCAUAGUCUUUGAAAAAUGAUCACGCCUCCGUAUAAAAACUGCAGUUUUGUUUCCUAAGAUUGUCCCCCACCACCCUCCACCCUUAUAUUUUAUUUAAUUGGUCAUUAGAAUGGAUGAGAUAAAAGCAAAUAUGAUUGACUUGUUCACUGUGAAGCUUUGUUGUUAAAUGUGGUACAUGCCUAC